AUGGCAGAGUCGACGCCUUCUGUUCCUUUUUUCAAAAAGAGCAAGAGACCAACAACAACCGCUCGCAAGCGAUCUCCAACGGUUGAUAAUCAAGAAUCCACCACCCUCGUCUCAGAAGUCGUCCGCCCUGCACCGCGCACACAGACAAAGCUGCUCUCACAAGGGACAAAACGCACAGUAUCACAGCGUGAUGAUUAUACAUACGACACGAGCGACGGUGUGGACACCAAGGACGGCAGCGCGGUAGGUGUCAAUUGGCAAGGAGCCGGCGCCGUAAAAGAUCAUGCGGAUGCUAAACAAAUCUUUGAUGGUGAAGAAGCAGAGGAGAUGAUGGAGCAGAAGCGCAAGAAGGCCCGUCUAGAGCGCGGCGAGGUCGACGACGUCGUGUCCCCCGAUGGUCUUUACCGCGGCCAAGACUCGUACCAGCACAAGCUUGGCCGCAAGGACGAGACCAUGCUUUCCAAAGCGCAGCGAAUUGGUCCUGUCAAGGGGUCGAAUACCGUCCGCAAUGUCACCAUGAUUGAUUAUCAACCAGACGUAUGCAAAGACUAUAAAGAAACCGGGUAUUGUGGCUUCGGCGACACUUGCAAAUUCUUGCACGACCGUGGCACUUAUCUUCAGGGCUGGCAACUCGACAAGGUUUCAUCAAAAUCCAAUUUUAUUACCUUUGCCACCCGGGCGGGUCUAGAGAAGCGGCAGGACACUGAUUCAGACGAUUCAGAUAUCGAAGACAUUCCCUUUGCAUGUAUCCUGUGCCGCAAUCCUUACACUGAUCCUAUCGUCACGAAAUGUGGGCACUACUUUUGUCAGGCAUGCGCCAUCAAACGCUAUGCGAAGAACCCUCGCUGUGCUGCUUGCGGUGCGCCUACCAACGGCAUCUUCAACAAGGCGGACAAGAUCAUCGCCCGUUCGAAAGCGAAGCGUCUAAAGGAAGCAAAGGCGGCGGGCGAGCUCGAAGGCUCUCAGUCUGACGAAGAGAAUGCAGAAUUGGAAGGCGUCGAAAUAGAGGGUGGCUAUUGA